AUUAAAAGAGAACGGGUUUUGCUUCUAGGAGGCUUCAAUUCAAGGCUCUCUAAGGAUCUUCCAUCGGAUCUUCAAAAACUUCGAUGCAAGGUUGCCUUUCAUGCAUUGAGGUUUGCUCCUCCAAUUUUGGGAAUUGGUAACAAGCUUGCAGAGAGGAUGAGCAGUAAGGGACCUUACCUUGCCCUUCAUCUCAGAAUGGAGAAGGAUGUAUGGGUGAGGACUGGUUGCCUUCCUGGUUUGAGCCCUGAAUAUGAUGAGAUAGUAAACAAUGAGAGGAUACAGCGGCCAGAGCUCCUAACUGGAAGAUCAAACAUGACGUACCAUGAAAGAAAACUUGCAGGUCUCUGCCCCCUGAAUGCCUUGGAGGUGACCAGGUUGCUUAAAGCUCUAGGAGCUCCGAAAAAUGCAAGAAUAUAUUGGGCUGGAGGGCCUCCAUUUGGUGGAAAAGAAGCCUUGCUGCCAUUAACCGGAGAAUUUCCUCAUUUUUACAAUAAGGAAGAUCUUGCUUUGCCUGGCGAACUAGAACCUUUUUCAAAUAGAGCUUCUGUCAUGGCGGCCAUUGAUUACAUAGUUUCCGAGAAUAGUGAUGUCUUCAUGCCGUCUCAUGGGGGAAAUAUGGGCCAUGCUAUCCAGGUAUAG